GCGCAACCGGGAGGUCAUUCGGCGCUCAAGUCCUUCCGAGUUUAGGGUAUGGCGAAGACUGUGGCUUAUUUCUAUGAUCCCGAUGUGGGCAAUUUUCAUUACGGAACAGGACAUCCCAUGAAACCACAUCGGUUGGCAUUGACCCACAGUCUGGUGCUACAUUAUGGACUCUAUAAGAAGAUGAUUGUAUUUAAGCCCUAUCAAGCUUCUCAGCAUGACAUGUGUCGCUUUCAUUCAGAAGAUUAUAUUGACUUCCUUCAAAGAGUUAGUCCUAACAACAUGCAAGGAUUCACCAAAAGCCUCAAUGCUUUCAAUGUGGGAGAUGACUGCCCUGUUUUUCCAGGACUAUUUGAAUUUUGUUCUCGAUACACUGGAGCUUCCUUGCAAGGAGCAACACAGCUGAAUAAUAAGAUUUGUGAUAUUGCAAUUAAUUGGGCUGGAGGACUGCAUCAUGCCAAGAAGUUUGAGGCUUCUGGGUUUUGUUAUGUGAAUGACAUUGUGAUUGGCAUUUUGGAGCUUCUCAAGUACCACCCACGUGUGCUUUACAUUGAUAUAGACAUCCAUCAUGGAGAUGGUGUCCAGGAAGCUUUUUACUUGACAGACCGUGUCAUGACAGUAUCUUUUCACAAAUACGGGAAUUACUUUUUCCCUGGUACAGGUGACAUGUAUGAAGUUGGAGCUGAGAGUGGCCGCUAUUACUGUCUAAAUGUACCUUUGCGGGAUGGCAUUGAUGACCAAAGUUAUAAGCACCUCUUCCAGCCGGUCAUUAAUCAAGUGGUGGAAUUCUAUCAGCCAACUUGCAUAGUGUUGCAGGUGAGAAUUUUUGAUGGCUGUUCCUUGUGGUCAUAUGAAGGGACUCACAGAUUACUGUAUAUACUCAAGUAUAAGCCUAGUUUUUCAGCCCACUUUUUGGGCUGAAAAAAGCCGCC